AUGAAGUACACAUUUUAUUUCAUGUUCAUUCUUUUCUAUUGUCUAAACUUAAGUUGUGCUGAAGAACUCUCUUCCUCACGAAACAUUGUUGAAUACAGCGAUGGAGGUUAUAAGGCUAUUAAACGAGUAGUAAGACAAGACAUGUCUCAACCUACAGAGAUGCCGCCACCUCCACCAGAUAUGCAGCAGGUGAAUAACGCCUAUGAAUCUUUUUCGCGCAGAAAAAGAGAAGCAAAAGGUGUAAGCGGCGCAUUGCCUACAAGAAAAGGA